GAGGAAAAUCUUUACAGACUACUUUAACUGGAGGAUGGGGAUGAGGAUAUGUCAGGGAAAAAAACUGUUUUUACAUAGCAGCUUAUAAUUUAAAUAUCCUGAGGGACAAAAAAAGAUAGCAUCAAGCUAACUGUCCAAGAGGAAGCUUUACUUUGUGAAACCAGCAGUUAAUAUUUACUGACACAAAGCAUCAGUGUGGUUUACAUUACAGGAGCACACAGUGCAGCACAGUCCAAUAGUAUUUGGAAAUGCUAAUCCUCAGAUAGUCAAGGAGAUAAAUAAUUAAUAUAUUAAUAGCACCUGCCAUAGACUUCUGUCUCAAAUGCUCUCAACCCACAGCUUUUCAGUAGCAAUCUACAUGAUGCUAUCUAAAAUUAUAGUAUUUUCCAAGAAAGCAUUCAAGAUUAUGCUACAAAAAUGGAAUUUUUUUCCUUGUAGUCUUAUAUCUAUUACUAUUAAUAAAGUUGAUUAACUCAAAUGAUCUUGAUUCCUCCAUAUUCCUCCAGCUAGAUUGUUAUCCUGAACAUCCAUGCAAUGGCACUUGACUGGCUAAAAAUAGUUUAAAAUGACUGAUGAGUUUUUAUAAGUUCUGAUGAAAAUUUUAGAUUUAGGAUUUUUCAUGCACUCAAAGGCUCUUAAUGAGCAUACUUUGAAGUCAAGGAAAUAUGAGAGCUAUUGGUUUUAUUUAGCAGUCUUAUUAAAACUAUCUACCUAUAUUAUAUUAGCUGCAGUUUUGAAAAUAAACUUGUAAUGUUUACCUUGUAUUUUACUAGCAAAUUGAAGUUAAGUGGCAAAAGUGCUACAGCUACUCUAGAAAAGAUUCUUUAAUACAUGAUUAAAGGGGGACACUGGUUUAACAGGGCCCCCUGGGCCACCAGGAACAGUUAUUGUGACAUUAAGUCAACCAAAUAAUAUGACGGGUUUAAAAGGAGAGAAAGGAGAGAAAGGAUCAAGGGGACUGCCAGGACAAGUUGGAUCACCAGGUUUGCCUGGAGAUUCUCAGAGUGAACAAGGUGAUCUAGGAGAACCUGGCCCACAGGGUAAACCUGGAAAAGAUGGUCACCCAGGUCCUCCUGGCUUUCAGCAGGGAGAGAAGGGUGAACAGGGUGAACCAGGAAUUGCUGGGGGAAGAGGCCCUAAGGGGAUGAAAGGAAACAUUGGCCCACCAGGACUUUGUGGUCCAACAGAGUAUUAUGAUCUACAGCCUGGUGAAAAAGGAGAUGAAGGACCCCCCGGUCUCCCAGGACCUAAAGGUCAACCUGGAGCACCAGGGUCAAGAGGUCACCCAGGUGGGACAGGUAGACCAGGUAUAUCAAGUCCUGGCCCAAAGGGUCCUUAUGGAUAUCCAGGGCCUAAAGGAAAGAAGGGAGAGCAAGGACAACCAGGCAUCAAUGUUGUAGGACCUCCAGGACUUCCUGGGUUACCAGGAACACCUGGCUCUGUAGGACCGCCAGGUCCUCCAGGACAACCAGGUGAAGUAAUGUUUGAAAGAGGCCCACCAGGAAUCCCUGGAAACCCAGGCUAUAUGGGACCACCAGGACUUCCAGGACCUCGUGGGAUGAAAGGUGAAGAUAUAUGUGCAUGUACUGACUGCACCUAUAUUCCUGGACCUUCAGGACCUUCUGGUGCCCCAGGACCAGAUGGUGCACCAGGAAAUAGAGGUGGAGAAGGACUACCAGGCCCCAAAGGUUCUCAAGGUUCUCCAGGGACACAGGGGCCUCCAGGUCUUCAAGGGUAUCCAGGUCUUCCAGGAGAUCAAGGGACUAAAGGGCCAAAAGGUAAACCAGGACACAUUUAUCCAGAAGGGCAGCAAGGUGAUCAAGGUAAUCCUGGAAUAAGAGGAUAUCCAGGGAAGAAAGGUGCAGAUGGAUUUCAUGGAAGACCUGGUAGAAAAGGCUCAAAAGGUUCUAAAGGCGAAGAGGCACAGCGUGGUCAAAAAGGUGACAGAGGACUACCAGGACCAUCCGGUAGUCCAGGUCCUUCUGGAGAUAUAGGUCUUCCUGGAUACCUGGGAUAUGGACCACCAGGAAUUACAGGUUCCAAAGGCAUAAGAGGGACACCUGGUUUGCCGGGAUUGCCUGGAGGAAAUGGUCCAAAAGGAGAACCUGGUACAAUAAAUAGAAUACCUGGACCACCAGGACUUCGGGGACCUGAUGGUUCACCUGGACCACCAGGAGCAAAAGGUCACCUGGGAUCUAGAGGACAAAGAGGCAAUCCAGGAUUUCCAGGACCAAAAGGUGAUCAAGGUUUUCCUGGGAUUGGAUUUCCAGGAAACCUUGGUCCAAAAGGAAGUAAAGGGCUUCCAGGGUCAAAGGGAUCACCAGGUUGCUCAAAAAAUGGAGAAGCAGGCGUACCUGGAAGCCCAGGAUUUCCAGGAGAAAAGGGAGACCCAGGAUCAAGUAUUCCCGGAGAGCCAGGUAGAUUAGGCACACCAGGAACAAAUGGCCUUCCAGGAACAAAAGGUGAAAAUGGACUUCUAGGAUUUCCCGGUGUACCAGGACAUCCAGGACGUGAAGGCACUGUUGGCCUCCCAGGAGAACCUGGCUUUCCUGGAGCUCCCGGAGAUGAUGGCCCCCCAGGGAAGCCAGGUGAUUGUCAUAAUGGUUCACCAGGUCCCACAGGUCGACAGGGAGCACCAGGCCGACAAGGAGACAGAGGUAUACUAGGAGCAAAAGGAGAUCGAGGUAUUUCUGGUAUGAGUUACCCAGGAUUCCCUGGAGAACCUGGGUUCCCUGGAUUACCAGGCCCUAAAGGAGCUGUGGGAUCACCUGGUCUCAAGGGUUUAACUGGAAGACCUGGAAAUCCAGGAACAGUAGGUCAAACAGGAGAACCAGGUGUCAUGGGUGAUUUAGGAAUGCGUGGACCUCCUGGCAUCUUUGGAAAUCCAGGUACCCCAGGAAAAAGAGGUUCUCAUGGUCUUCCAGGACCAAAAGGAGCAAAAGGGUCUUUUGGGGAAAAAGGCAAAAAAGGUGAUAAAGGAUUCCUUGGCCCAGUGUUGAGCAGAGUAAGUGCUGGGGAUAAAGGAGAACCAGGAUCAAAAGGAUCUCCAGGAAGAACAGGUCUAAGAGGAGUAAAAGGAUCAGAAGGUGUACAAGGAUCAGCAGGUGACCCUGGGACACGGGGAAUACCUGCUCCACCAGGUUCUAAAGGAUUACCUGGUUUGCCAGGAUUUCAUGGAAAACAAGGGUUACCAGGAGCUCCAGGAGAGAGAGGGGAUAUCGGCAUGCCAGGUUCAAAGGGAGAGAGUGGAUCUCCAGGUUCUCCUGGACCAAAAGGUUUCAUAGGCCUGCCGGGCAUUGAUGGUGUUCUUGGUGAUAAAGGAGAACCAAGUUAUCCUGAAUUUGGGCCUCCAGGAAGACCAGGACCCAAGGGUGGCCCAGGUUUCCCAGGGAUACCAGGAACAAAAGGUAAAAGAGGAUUGCAAGGACAGCCAGGCCCUGUAGGAGACCCUGGGCUACCUGGAAGCAAAGGGGAUUUUGGAGAACCAGGAACUCCAGGACUACCUGGACAUGCUGGAGAGCCUGGCGCUAAGGGAUACAAAGGGAAACCAGGAGAGAGAGGAACUGGAGGCCUUCCAGGUGCAGUAGGAUCCCCUGGAGCCGAUGGACCUGUUGGUGAAAGGGGCAGCCAAGGACAUGAUGGUUUCCCUGGCUCUCCAGGGGAAAAGGGAGAAUUAGGAGCUCUUGGCCUAGGGGUACCUGGUCCACAAGGUCCUCUUGGUCCUAAAGGAAGCAAAGGUGGCAGGGGGCUGCCUGGUUUUCCUGGACUUCCAGGUGCUAAAGGUCUAAUGGGUGAACAAGGACCAGCUGGACCUUCUGGGUUGAAUGGACCCCCAGGACUCCCAGGUGUACCUGGUGAAAUAAUUACUGGCCAGAAAGGAAAUAAAGGUAUUGCUGGCAUUGAUGGAAAACCAGCAGGUCUGCCUGGUAUGCCUGGACCUCCUGGCCUCACUAUCUACAGAAGAGGAGACGGAGGUGACAGAGGGGCAGAUGGUAUCCCAGGUACACCAGGACCAGUAGGUGAUACUGGUUCUCCAGGUCCAAUAGGAAUUAAUGGUGUGCCAGGCCACCCAGGUCCUGCAGGUGAUGUUGGCUUUCCAGGAUUUCCAGGUGUAAAAGGAGAAAAAGGUAACCAAGGACCAGUUGGACCAACAGGUAAACCAGGACCAAGAGGACCAAAGGGCCCACCUGGUCACCCUGGAAUGAACAGGAAAAGGAUGUGUACACCAGGAGAGAGAGGACCUCCUGGAUCACCUGGCAACCCAGGAAUACCAGGAGACAAAGGACAUCAAGGGGUGCCUGGACUACCAGGAUGUCAAGGUGUGAAAGGUCGACCAGGCAGUCAUGGAAGUCCAGGUCUACCUGGACCACUUGGUCCAAAAGGAGACAAAGGAUUUAAAGGAGACACAGGGCAACCUGGGCUCAUUGGCUUUCCAGGCCUACCAGGCAUACCUGGAUAUCCAGGUGCUUUUAUUCCUAGCCCAGCAAGAAGAGGGUUCAUCUUUACCCGACACAGCCAGUCAAUAAUGAUGCCUUCUUGUCCAUCUGGAACAUCUCACAUCUACAGCGGUUAUUCUCUACUUUCUGUACAAGGAAAUGAGCAAGCACAUGGACAGGACCUUGGGACAGCUGGUAGCUGCCUGCAGAGAUUUACCACUGUGCCAUUUUUAUUCUGUAACACCAACAAGAUUUGCAAUUUUGCUUCUCGCAAUGACUAUUCAUACUGGCUGUCUACUGCAGCAACAAUGCCACCAGACAUGGCACCAGUUUCUGGCAGAGCUUUGGAGCCGUAUAUUAGCAGGUGUAUUGUCUGUGAAGGACCUGCAAUGGUAAUAGCAAUUCAUAGUCAGACAACUGCAGUUCCUUUGUGUCCCGAUGGCUGGAUUUCUCUCUGGAAGGGUUUUUCCUUUGUUAUGUAUACAGGUGCUGGCUCAGAAGCUUCUGGUCAAGCAUUGGCAUCUCCUGGGUCUUGCUUGGAAGAAUUCCGAGCCGUUCCGUUCAUAGAGUGCCAUAGUAGAGGGACCUGCAAUUACUAUGCCAAUUCCUACAGCUUUUGGUUGGCUUCACUGGAUCCAAGAAGAAUGUUCAGGAAACCUUUACCACAGACUAUGAAAUCAGGAGAACUGGAAAACAUCAUCAGCCGCUGUCAGGUUUGCAUGAAAUCAGACUGAAAGUCAGACUGUCUUGACAAAGCAUAAAACUGUGCUGUUGGGCACUGACAGAAGUGACAUUUGUCAUGCAAUCGGCCCCUUGAAAGCGCUCUACAGCUAUGUCCUGACAGAAGUGCAUGGUUGCAGAGUGCUUGAAAAAUUCCCAAUCAUGCAACAAAUUAACCCUCAUUACGUGAGGGUUCAGAUGAAGAUGCUCCAAAGCAGAUCACCUUCAUUAGCUUCUGUCUGAUUGGGGCUGGGUUGAUGCAGCCCAGCCCUACCCCGCCCCCGGUGUUCUCUGCAUGAUGGAAAAGGGAGAAGGGAGAGGAAAGGAGGGAACUCUGGGCUGGGGUUUGCCCCCCUGAGGUGGGAGGGCUUCAAUCCACCCCCGUCUCUCCCAGUGCGAGCUGGGCAAACCCCAGCCUGGAGCUCUUUCCCCUCCGUUCUCCCCUUCCCAUCAUACAGAGAGCACUGGAGCUGGGGGGCGGGGGAAGGGCUGCAGAUAUGUAACUCCUUCUGAAUCAGUUUAAAAGUGGAGCUCCAUUUCCCCCUCCCCAGCACCCACUCUGAGCCAACAGCAAAUGUCUGCUGGGUUGUGGGGGUUGCUGUAACUCAUGGUGCUUUCUGUGAAGCAGGGAGCUGCACGUCUGUCAGUGUCCUUUAUGCCAAAGAAUUGCCUGAUGUGGAAGAAUGUGCAGUCAUUAAAACCAAACUAUAAAGAGAUAGCAAGAUCUAAAUUGUCAGUACAACACUAUGAGUACACAGAGCAACAUUUUGACUUUUGACUCUUUUUUUUGACAAAUUGCAAAGCACUUUGUUGGUGUCCGCUUGUAACAGCAAUAUUACAGAACCUUCUUCUGAACUGUAUCAUUUGUAAGUCAUCUCUUCAUGGUAGAACUAUGACAUUGCCAGCUUUUUCAUGGAAGAUGUUAAUGCCACCUUAUAACACAAUGCUUUUCAAAUUGAAUGCUAGCAUAUGAUAUGUUCAGUGUUCAAAGUAGAUAUAAUUUAAGAUGACGCUCUGGCACUACAAAAAAUGGGGUUUAAUAGGAUAUUUUCUUGGUGCACUUUUAAGUGUAUGUGUGCGUGUGUGUGUAUAUGUAUAUAUUAACCCCCCCUUAAUGGAAUAUAUAUAUAAUAAUAAUAUAAUAAUAUAUAUUCCAUUAAGGGGGGGGGUGUUAAUAGUCAUUUUCUCCAUACAUUUCAACAAUCAGAAAUAUCCCUUCUUCUGGCUGAGAAAUGGAAAUACCAUUUCUUUUAUCACUACAAUAACAAUACUUCUUGACUAGUCUGAAAGAGAACCCACUCUAUGCAUUGGGUGGGUAGUCAGCCUCCAGGACAGUGGUGAAAACUGUUACCUCUGUUCUCUUGUAUUUUAUUUACUAAAGGUGAGUCAAAGGCCCCUGAAAUUGGUGGAAAGACUCUUAAAUUUGAGUGGACUUUGAAUCAAACCAUAAAUGCCCAAUCCUAGAAUAGGGGUAAAUUCUUCAGCGGGUCACAGGCUGGGCCCUAAUUAUGGCCACAGGUUGCUGUUUCCACUGAAGUAAAGCUAAUUAGAAACUACAAAAAAAAAUUCAUAGUCUGGGUUGUACAUGAAAUCUGUAGUUAAUCUGAUUUGAGGGAUCCUAUGGCAAUAGUGGGUGAACACAUAACCCUUCAGAUACUGCUCUCUUAAAAAUACACUGCAAACAGAAAUGUUGUCAAAACCUUUAAAUAUUUUUCACAGACAUCUCCAAAAAUGAAAGAUUUUAUUCCAUCCAGUUAAAUGCAGUCAUCUAAAAGAAAACAUUUUAUAUUUCUCAGUGAUAUUCACAUGGUACUAUCUGGACACUGCUUUACACCAGAGAAUUCAACUGCAAACUAAAUUGAAUACUUGAAAAGCACUUUCGUUUAGUCAUAUAAUUUCUAUAAAAUGUAACUCUGAAUUUUUUAUAUUUAUGAUAUUGCACUUGUAAAGUUAUUUUAAAAAUUAAUGUUAACAUUUAAAAUGUUAAUAACUUUUCAUACUUGCACAAAAUGAUCAGAAUUCCAGUACAAUCAUUUAGUGUUAUAGAUAAAGACUAAAAGAUUUGAAAAGUUCUGUACAUGCAUGGUUUUAAGUGUAGGGUCUAACAAUCCAUUGAAAUAGCAAAGAUUUCUCUUUUAGAUACGUUUUUUUUGAGAAAAAUAUUUUAUUUUUAAAUUCUGUUAAAAUAUGUGCAUUGUGUUUGUCUUGAUGUUUAAAUUCUCAUUGUUAACAUAAAUAGAAAAUACUUUUCUCCAUAUGUAACAUGUCAGUAUCUUCUUAUGGAGCUACUUUAGAGACAAUAUUUACACUGAAUGGAUAUUUACUUUUUUUUGUUUUCCUGAAUAAUUACAGCAUUUCUAUUUGCAAAGUGCAAUUGUGAAUUUUAUUGUGCUGCUAAUAAGCUGAAUUUCCUGGAAUCCACUUAUUUCUUAAAAUUGCUUAAUUGUGUUUUCCCCAUGUCUAAUUUAUGUCUAAAUUCUGUUUGAAAUACUCAAAGAAACUUUCCAUUUCUUUAUGAAAUUUCUCAUUAUUAAAGUCAAAAUAUAUUCAACAUUC